AUGCCAGUGAAAAAGCGAAGACUGUCGCCAUCAGCUUCAUCAGCCUCCUCAGCACCUGCCCCCGCCUCUCAGAUCUCAUCUUCUCACCUAGAUGCACCCACACUUUCCAACUUCCCAUCUACUUCGACUCAAGGACUUGCAGGUCCUGGUCCAUCUACACUCUCGCAUCAGUACCAAUCCAGACAGGAAAGAAACGAUGCUGCUGAGAGGAGAUCAUUCGCGCGGACAGGCGCACAGGUACCCGGAAGUGGCGAUGGUCCAGAACAUGGGGAGGAAUGUUACCUAUGGGUGGAUGUUCCUAUUGUGAAGAAUUUCCGAUAUGCACCAUGCGCUAUUUCACCGAUACCAUCACCUCAUCCUAAAUUUCCUUUCCAUCGUACCAUCCCUUACCCAUUGCCAAUACCGCCUGUUCAUAUCUCAUGGCUCGACCGGUCCUCUUAUCUGAGGAUAUCACCAGAUGCCUCGACAAUAUCCAAUGACAGGGGUUUUCGAUCAGCCCGAGCAAACGUAGCGGUCCGUGAGGGAACAUGGUAUUUUGAAGUGAAGAUUGAACGAGGCAGUGGUCCCGCUGGGGGUGGAAAAGGUCAUCUAACUAGUGGUGAUUCUGGGAAUGCCCAUGUAAGGAUAGGGUGGGGAAGAAGGGAAGCAAGUGUCGACGCUCCUGUUGGUGCGGAUGGAUACAGCUAUGCCAUUCGGGAUGUGGGCGGAGACAAAGUCACUUUGGCUAGACCAAAACCCUAUGGCGAAUCAUUUCAAAGCGGUGAUGUGAUAGGCUGUUUGAUUUCAUUGCCAACUCGCCCGUCUUCUGAUAAUCUACCACGGGAAGAUCCAGGCAAAACAAAAAGACAAAGAAGACAUUUCCUGUAUAAGAAUCAAAGCUACUUCGAAAGUGCGGAGUAUAUGCCCGCGAAGGAAAUGGAAGCUUUAGUAGAUAGAGAAGGAAAGUUAGCUGCCGCCCAAAAGGCUGCAGAAGCUGUAGUGAUUAAUGGUAUCACUGACAGCGACAUUUCCAACGGAAUUGGUGUUUCUGCGAAGACCAAAAAGGGAGCUACUACGAAAAAUACAAAGAAACAGAAAGACGAAGCGUCUCAACAUUAUGUUCCGCUAGAAAGAGCACUACGAACGCUCAAAGGAUCAAGAAUUGAAUUUUUCAAAAAUGGGAAACCUUUUGGAAUUGCUUUCGAGAAUUUAUACGAUUUUCCACCAUUACCACCACUCUACCAUUCUUCAUUACACGAAAAAAGAUCGCAAGAUGAUGAGAUAAUGCAUGAUGAUGGCACAAUGGGUUACUUUCCCAUGGUCUCUUGCUUCGGCAAAGGAAAAGCUCGAUUUAAUCCAGGUCCGCAAUUCGCUUUUCCGCCCUCUGGUUAUCAAACAACCAGGAUUGACGAAAAACUUGCGGAAGUGCCAAUGGUCGGAAUCCAGCAAAACAUUAGACCAAUAUGUGAACGAUGGGAAGAGUUCAGACAGGAGGAAAUGAGAUAUGAUGAAAAGGAUGAAGCUGAAGGAACAGAAAGACUGAAAGAAAUCUUGGAAGAAGAGGAAAAAGCCAGAGUCAGAGCUGCUUUAGCAGGAGGUGUUGCCAAGAAAAAGAGAGGAUUAGGGAAAAAGAAAAAGGUCGAGGUUACCGAAAGUCAUGGAGCUGGUUUUGCGUCCAGAGGAGGUACUUUGACUCCCGCUCCUGAAGAAGCUAAUCGAGUGGCUCCUGAUCCUGAGUACCCAUCGGUGAAAGACGAAGCAGAAGCCAGAUCAGCCUCGGUCGCACGAACAAUACCACCCACACGAGAUUCAUCUCCUGCAUCGACCAAGUUUUAUAGUGAAACCGACAAGCAGACCGCUGACGUGGUAGAAGAUACACCCAAGUCACCAGGUUCUGUCGAUCAUCAUUUGAAAGAUGAAAAGUACGUUGAAGUUGAUGCACAAUCAUUACUCGUUGACGGGAAUGAGCAUACACCUCAUGAGAGCGGAGAGGAUGAGGAGGAAGGGGUAGAAUGGUAA